CGCGGGGGCCUAACGGCUCGCGGAGCCGCGACCCGGAGUAAGACCGCCGGUGUCGGUAGGAGGUUGCUGCGCUCGGCCCUGCGUGGCGGUCUGGGGCCUCGACGCCCGGUUGCUUGAAGCGUCUGCCAUGAGGAGAAGUGAGGUGCUGGCGGAGGAGUCCAUAGUCUGUCUCCAGAAAGCUCUGACUCACCUUCGGGAAAUAUGGGAGUUAAUUGGGAUUCCGGAGGACCAGCGGUUACAAAGAACCGAGGUGGUAAAGAAGCACAUCAAGGACCUCCUAGACAUGAUGAUUGCUGAAGAGGAAAGCCUGAAGGAGAGGCUCAUCAAAAGCAUAUCCAUCUGUCAGAAGGAGCUGAACACCCUGUGCAGCGAGUUACACGUGGAGCCGUUUCAGGAAGAAGGAGAGACGACCAUCUUGCAACUAGAGAAGGAUUUGCGCACUCAGGUAGAACUGAUGCGAAAACAGAAAAAGGAGAGAAAACAGGAACUGAAACUACUUCAGGAACAAGAUCAGGAACUGUGUGAAAUUCUCUGCGUGCCCCACUAUGACGUGGACAGCUCGUCUGUCCCCAGCCUGGAGGAGCUGAGCCGGUUCAGACAGCACGUGGCCACUUUGAGGGAAACAAAGGCCUCUAGACGUGAGGAGUUUGUCGACAUAAAGAGACAGAUCAUACUGUGUAUGGAGGAGUUAGAGCACACCCCAGACACAAGCUUUGAAAGAGAUGUGGUGUGUGAAGAUGAGGGCGCCUUCUGCUUAUCCCUGGAGAAUAUCGCAACACUGCAGAAGUUGCUACGGCAGCUGGAAAUGCAAAAGUCCCAGAACGAAGCGGUGUGUGAGGGUCUGCGGGCUCAGAUCCGAGAGCUCUGGGACCGGCUGCAAAUACCUGCAGAAGAGAGAGAAGCUGUGGCCACGGUUAUGACUGGGUCAAAGGCCAAGGUCAGGAAAGCGCUGCAAUUGGAAGUGGAUCGGUUGGAGGAACUGAAGAUGCAAAACAUGAAGAAGGUGAUUGAGGCGAUCCGAGUGGAGCUGGCUCAGUACUGGGACCGCUGCUUCUGCAGCCAGGAGCAGAGACAGGCCUUUGCCCCUUACUAUGCUGAGGACUACACGGAAAAUCUGCUCCAGCUCCAUGACGCCGAGGUGGUGCGGUUAAGAAACUACUAUGAGGUUCACAAAGAACUCUUUGAAGGUGUCCAGAAGUGGGAGGAAAGCUGGAGGCUUUUUUUGGAGUUUGAGAGAAAAGCUUCAGAUCCAAGUCGAUUUACAAACCGUGGAGGAAAUCUUCUAAAAGAAGAAAAGCAACGAGCCAAACUUCAAAAAUUACUCCCGAAGCUGGAAGAGGAGCUGAAGGCGCGGAUUGAAAUGUGGGAAGAGGAGCAUUCGACAGCGUUUGUGGUGAAUGGGCAGAAGUUCAUGGAGUACGUAACGGAGCAGUGGGAGCUGCAUCGGCUGGAGAAAGAGCGAGCCAAGCAGGAAAGACAACUGAAGAACAAGAAGCAGACAGAGACAGAGAUGCUCUACGGGAGCACUCCCCGAACCCCCAACAAGCGGCGAGGACUGGCACCCAACACGCCGGGCAAAGUGCGCAAGCUCAACACUACCACCAUGUCCAACGCUACAGCCAACAGCAGCAUUCGCCCUGGCUUUGGGGGGACAGUCUACCGCUCCCCUGUGUCUCGGCUUCCACCUUCUGGCAGCAAGCCCGUCAUCACUUCCACUUGUUCGGGGAAAAAAACACCCCGCGCUGCCAGGCACGGAGGCAACAAGGAGAACCUGGAGCUCAACGGCAGCAUCCUGAGCGGUGGGUACCCCGCCUCGGCCCCCCUCCAGCGCAACUUCAGCAUUAACUCUGUUGCCAGCACCUAUUCUGAGUUUGCGAAGGAUCCGUCCCUCUCUGACAGCUCCACUGUUGGGCUUCAGCGAGAACUUUCAAAGGCUUCCAAAUCUGAUGCUACUUCUCGAAUCCUCAAUUCGACCAACAUCCAGUCCUGAGAGGCCCUGAGCGUCAGCCAGCUGUGGCUUCCUGUGCCUAGACUAGACCUAAUUCUAGAGGGGUGGCUUUCACUUGCCCCGAGUUGAGGUGUGCUCGAGAAUCGGGACAGGUUCCACCGCCCCGGGCCUGACUUCCAGGAGCGAGUGAAAGUCCAGCAUAGGCUUAGUGGGUCUUCAAGGCUUGAUUUUGUUUUGACCCAAGAAGUACAUUAAAGCUUAGUGCAUAGCAGUAAGUGCAGAUUUUAGCAUACGGACCCUAACUUUUCUCUGCCCCCUAAUUCUGCUCGCUGCGGCAUGCUCCGGGGGGGCGCGGGCCGGAGUAGUGCUGGCUUGUACGCGGUCGUCAGGCACUAGCAUCGUUGUUGCUGAGGGAUGUUCAGUUAACGCUCUCGCUACGGUAGCUUUGCUCUCGCCUCAAGCUCUGUCUCCGCCACACAGGACAGCCUUCCUCCUGAUGAGGAUGUCUGUGUGUCAGAAGCUGAGAUGGCCUGACCUACUGCCAAAGAGGAGAGGUGACGGGGACAGUUCUGUUGUGGUGCAAUGCCCUCUGGGGGGUCUGUGUGUGUGUGUGAACACACGUGCCAGUCUGAACUGGGUUUCUUACUUUUUCUCUGGGCCGAGUCCCCUCAUCCCCCUGCCCACUAGGCCCGAGUUCAUCUACGCCUGGGGUUGCCAGGUUAGGGGGCUGUUUGGAUGGGUCGGGCCGUUUCUGUCGCGGAGAUCUGGACCUUUGCACAAAUCAGUCCUGGGGAGGCGCUCCUGCUACGGCGGCCAUGUCUCUGCCCCGCGCCCGCGCCCCCCGCCGAUCACUACUGCCCCCCCCAAGCACUAUUUAUUCCUGUUCUGUCUGCCUCUGCCCGCACUACUGUCAGCACACUCAAUGGUUCUCACAACUCACCAGCGCGGAUCGGGUCUGUGUCCGCCGUGCUUAGUCCGAUGUAUACAUGUCCUGUUUUUAAAAUAUAAAUAUAUUGUUAAAAAUAAAUUAAAAUAUGUAUACUUAACCUUUCAAAGAGAUACUGGUUUUUGUCCUCCCCUGCCAAAUCACUUUUUGGUUGGUUGGUAUGGCUGUGGAAAACAGAGAAGACUAAGAAGAAAUGAGACUUUUGUUGGGAGUAUGGUUUUUAUAUACUUCUGUGCAUUUCUACAGUAAUAUCUCAUCGAAGUUUCUGCUUGCGUUGGCAUUGCUGUCCUAACAGGACACCUUGCUUUUUGGUUUAACAGCCUUUAUUAGAAAAUAAAUGCACAUUUAAAGUAUACACUUGGAUAAAUUUUGAGUUUCGCACACCUGUGAAACCGUCACAAUCCAGUUUCUGAACAUAACCCGUGCCCCCAACACUUCCUCCUGCCCCUGGACAGCCUUCCCUGCCAACCACUAAUCUGCUUUCUGUCACUGUAGAGGGGUUUGCAUUUUCUAGAGUUUUAACUACAUAGAAUUCUGCAGUAUGUUUUUUUGGUUUGGCUCUUUGACUUUCUUUUUGAAAUUCAUCCAUAUUGUUGUUUGUGCAUGUUUCAUUCCUUGUUUUGGUUGCGUCCUAUUCCGUGGUAUGGGGAAGACCUCAGUUUAUUCGUCGUUUAUGGUAUUCACAUUUGGCUUGUUUCCAGUUUGGAGCUAUUAAAAAUAAAGCUGCUGUUACCAUUCA